CAGCGCAGUAAGCAGGAGUGGAUCGCCGUACGGUGUUGUUUUGGCUGUAUUUCCUCAAACAGAAACGACAGGAUUUAACGGACGCGAGCGACUUUUCAGCGUUUUUCCCAGAUAACAGCGCGGAGAAUAACGAUGCCCGGACAGGCGUCGGUGACGGUGCCCGCGGGUGCGCAGAAGUCGUCCGCUUUUGUUUUGAAGAAGAUUAUGAAUAUCCCCCCGCCAAACAUACUGGAGGACCAGGACGACGACAUCGAGAAGGAGAAACAGGGUUCGAUCGGCGAUGGGGCGUCCGCCGGCGGCGGGUCGGGCGGCACGGGGGGCGUCUCGGCCUCUCUCACCCCCGCCAUCUGGGACAAGACCAUCCCGUAUGACGGCGAGACCUUCCACCUGGAGUACAUGGACCUGGACGAGUUCCUGCUGGAGAACGAGAUCCCCAUCACGCUGGAGGAGGAGGAGGAGGAGCCGGGCAAGUGUCCCGAGGUGGAGGAGCGAGACGGAGAGACGCAGGACUCGUCCGAUGAGCCGGCGGCCGUCCCGCAGAUGCCCGAGGACGAGGACGAGCCUGAGGACGAGCCGCUCGCUCUGGCCAAACCAGAGCCCAAAGUGGCCCCCGAGCGCACGAGUCCCGCUCCCGUCAGCCCCGAGGAGAUCGAGGUGACCGUGUCCUUCCAGCCGGACCCCACGGAUCUGGUCCUGUCCAGCGUCCCCGGAGGAGAGCUCUUCAACCCGCGGAAGCACCGCUUCUCUGAGGACGAGCUCAAACCGCAGCCCAUGAUCAAAAAGGCCAAGAAAGUGUUCGUUCCUGAAGAUGCCAAGGAUGAGAAGUACUGGUCGCGGAGGAAGAAGAACAACGUGGCGGCGAAGCGCUCUCGCGACGCCCGGCGCCUGAAAGAGAACCAGAUCGCCGUGCGCGCCUCCUUCCUGGAGCGGGAAAACGCCGCGCUGCGACAGGAAGUGGCCGAGCUGCGCAAAGACUGCGGCCGCUGCAAGAAGAUCAUGUCGCUGUACGAAGCCAAAUACGGCUCGCUGUGAGGGACGCGCUUCGCCCCGACACGCAUCAGUCUCCCUUAUAAUUCACACCGCAGUUACACGGCCGGGGAUUGUGGGUAAUGCGGCGCCGCGCGGGGGGAAGCGGACGAGAGCGACGCGAGCGCGUGUUUAUUCAGGAGGACGUUUUAAGGGUCUGGACGACGCAAAACACACGACAACACAGCAUAACCUUUGACCUCUGACCUCCUCAUACCUCAUCCUGCCCUCUCCACGACCCCCACGCGACCCGAGCAGCGAGUUUUUAGAGGUUCAUUCAGUAUGAAGACGAGAUAAUGCGGCCGACUGGAAAAAUCGUGGGCGGACGGCGGGUUAGCGUUCACCCCGAGAGCGUUUCGUCGCGAAAAACGCGACUUUUUGACUGUUUUCGGCUACUUUUUAACCCGUUUCGUCCUUUUUUUUGCACUUUGUCUGUGUUCGAGUUUUUUUUGUAUAAAACAAGCGCAUGACCCUCGACACGAAGCAGGCGUUUUCUUCGCUCUGCGACAUCGAGAGCACUUCUAGGGUAGGCGCGGAUCGGAGAGUGGCGGUUCGCGAAGAUUCGGAAGAAAGGCGCGUCUGUAAAUACACGCUUGUGUCCGUCCACUAGUGUCGCUGUUCUUCCGGGAUGACCUUACCGUGUAAAAAGCGAUAUAUUUCUAUCGUGCAGAUUUUUAACACACGUUCAAACGCAUCUUCACGGCAGUCAACUGGACGAUUCAUUUAAGGCGAGUCUAACGACUGGUUUGUUUUCAGGGUUUAAUCCAGGCAAUAAUGUGCGAUUCAUCUUUACCUCAGAUUAGAGAUUUCUAACGAGCGUCUUAUUUUUCUUUAAUAAUUUUAAACAAAUUUUUUAGUCGGGCAGCUCAGCAUUACUUAAAAGAAAAGGGUAACAAAUUUCUCCGUAAAUGUUUUUUUUUUUGUUCUUACCAAUGAUGCAUUCAUUAUCGCAUUUUUAACGAAUUAUUAAAGUAAUAAUAAUGCAUUUUUAGAUACAUUUUUGCAUUGGUAAAAGCAUUGUGGCGUGAGCAUGAUUUGUUUGAGUCCUCUAGUAGAAGCAGCUUUAGCAUCGCUAGAGUAUUGUUGUUGUUUUUCAUGGGUUUUCAAAUUUAGUUUUCUUUUUUUAAAUGGUGGAAAAUAAUAAUGUGCUUCCAGUGUUUAUGGAUUUUAGUAGUCUAAUUGCCGUUUUAAAUAAAUUUAACUUUUUUUAUAUAUUUCUUUUUCUCAUUUUCUCUCUUUAUAGUUUUUUUUAUAAUAAAUGUUACACACACACACACACACAGACAUAUAUGUACAUAUAUAUAUAUAUACGCAUAGUUUUAAUUUUUGCAUUUUACGAUCUCGUGUCAUACGUCAUCAGGAUUGUUUCUGUAAAACGGGUUUCUAGCACUUACAGGCGAAUCUCUUGUAAAUUGAUGAGUUGUUAGUGCAUGCUGUUGUCAUGGUGACAUUGUGCAGUGGGCGUGUCCUUCUCUUCCACGUAUAAAUAUGUAAUUUUUUUUUAAUUUGGUUUUGUUGUUAAACUUUCUACUCCUGUAUGAUUUCUUUCUACGAACCAAACGAGACUUUGACGUCGAUCACUGUGCUCCAGAUGAAGGAUGAAGUUUGUUUUUAUAGGGCCAUUUUGUGAUUCAACCCGAUUCGAGACGUUGGCCUUUUGUUUGUUUUUUUUAAUUAUUAAUCUGUCAUAUAAACUCCAGACGUUCGAGUUCCGCGUUGGAAAACGAAAAUGUAGCAUUUCUUUUGUCUUUAAUAAAACGCGUGACUUUCAAUAUACGGACAAACAUGUUUUUUGAAGAGUCCUGUUUUUUUAUGAAGUCGUUCUCCUUCGGUGUAACGCGGUAUGUCGUGACUGUAUCCUGUAUCUUGCGUAUUAAUAAAGUCAGAUAUCAGUGAUUUGA